AUGGUCGGAAAAUCGAAUCUGGACAUCAUAAACGAGUGUGACAACUUUCCAUACCAGUCAGAUAAUCCCGAGGCGUACGAUGCUGCGUUCAAAAGCUAUUAUCAUUUCAAACUAGAAGGAUGCCAUGUCACCUUAGGCUAUGUGCCUGCCGAUGUCGCAGCCAAGCUGCCCUCCUCGAAACACUGGAGCCUUGAUCAAAUCAACCGAAUACUGACAUUCCAACCUCGGAAUGAGGAGGGUCAACCUGUGGAAGCACUAGAAGGUCGCAACCUGAUCCUGGCACAGUAUUUGCAGGGCGUGCGAGAACAGAAAGUCUUUCGCGUUUUGGAUGGUUGGCGAAGUGAGCUGUACCCAAUCUACGGACCCAGCAAAGAGCUCAUCCUCAGCAUGGAACGCUCUGCAACCCCUCUUUUCGGCGUCGUUACAUAUGGCGUGCAUAUGACGGGAUACGUUCAGACCGGAGAAGGUAUGAAGAUCUGGGCACCUCGCAGAGCUUUGACCAAACCGACAUAUCCUGGCAUGAUGGAUAACACAGUUGCUGGAGGUUUAAGCACUGGAGAGGACCCUUUCGAAUGCCUGGUAAGAGAAUGUGAAGAAGAAGCUUCGUUGCCGCCAGAUGUCGUCCAACCCGCCAAAUCUUGUGGAACCCUGACUUAUUUCCACAUCCGAGAUUCAAGAGCUGGCGGUGAAAUAGGCCUUUGUCAACCUGAAAUCCAAUACAUCUAUGACCUCGAGCUUCCGUCCAAUGUCAUCCCGAAGCCUGGCGACGAUGAAGCCAUCGACUUCCAGCUUCUGACAAUAAAGGAGGUUCAAGAUGCGAUCGCGCAGGGCAAGUUCAAACCAAACUGUGCCCACGUGCUGGUGGAUUUUUUUGUGAGGCACGGAAUAUUGACUCCAGAGAACGAGCCUGAUUAUAUCGAGAUCGUGUCCAGAUCUCAUAGGAAGCUAGAAUUUCCGACACCAUGA